AUGGUAACAGAAAAAAAGCGACGCUCUCGCUACACGCCCGUUGCUUGCGAGAGAUGUCAACAGCGCAAGACCAGAUGCAGCGGCGAGCAACCAUGUAACGGAUGUCGUAAAGCCUGCACGAGAUGCCUCUAUCCACGAGCAACGCGCUAUCGAUCUUCCCGUUGUGCAUCGGCGCGGAUCCCUCUCCAAGAGCCAGAGAAUGCCCAGUCGGAGAAAGAACGUCUGGAUGAUGGCUCGGAAAGUCUAGAGUCACUGGCGCAGAGCUGGCCUCUAGACGCUCCAGGUUCGGAAUUAACGUAUGACAAUUUCGAUGAUUUUAUACGUCUUACCGAGCGUCAGCUUUUCCAAGCCGACCAUCAAAGCAACAAUUCCAGCGCAAAUCCCUGUUCAGGCUUCGUCUCCAGAGAAUUGGAAAUCUUAUUCGUCCAGGGAAGCAUAUCUCCGCGAAGAGCACUAGAGGCUCUCGACCAUAGCUUUUGGUGCCAAGUCCUUGCGAUUUAUGAAGAGGAAGUUGGCAUGAUGUAUCCAUUCCUGGAUAUUGAUCAUCUGAGACAUAGGAUACUCGAGGGACGAACACGGUCCGAUUCCGAUUCCCCUCGUUCUAGAAGUCUCUGUGGCGGAGAUAUUGGAAACAUCGCCUUCCUAGUACUGGCGAUUGUAUCAAGUUUUGAGGGCUCCAAGGCUGUAGAGAUUGUGAGUCCCGUUGUUGAAGAGGUUUUCGUUUCAACCAUUCCCAAGAUAUAUCUACGAUCCCCGGACUUGGCUGGCUUGACGUUGCUGACUCUGAUUUGUAUCUUCUUCUUUCUUAACGAUCGUGAGAAAGAAGCGUGGAGAUUAAUUGGCACCGUUGUGAGACUUAUACACGAGCAAAGCUGUCAAGAGGAAGAUACCCCUGCCGAGAGGAUUUCAGAUACCUUCUUCUGGAGUCUAUAUACCUUGGAUCGAAGAUGGAGCUUUGGUAGUGGACUUCCAUUUGCAGUUCAGGACUCGGAAAUCAACCGACCGUCAUUGUCAAUGAACGACAGCAGCCAUUCACUAGCUUAUCUCAAAGAAAUGAUAUCCUUUUGCGGCAUAGCGUCAGAUGUUCGAAGCUUCUUCAACGGCACGUUGGCAUCUAGGCUCCAAGACUCUAGCUCAACUCAGGACUAUUUGCAAUUUCGGGUUCUUCAGUGGCAGCAAAAUCUGCCACAGCGAUUGCAGUUCAGAGGCAUUGACGACAAAUUCGAUAUGGCAACUGAGAAGCGCGGGGACUAUAAGCUGCGAUUAAUUCUUUACCUACGAGCUAAUCAGAUGAGAACAAUCAUCCUCCGCAAAGCAGCUAGUCGCUUCGGAUCUCACAACAUCGAUACAUCAAACUUUCAAGUCAUGAUCCAGGUUGCUCGAGACUCGAUUCAAGUGCUGGCCAGACUAGCUAGGGAGACGGACAUAUACCAUGCUCAGCACAAGACCUUCAACCAUUUUCUUGAGACCGCUUUGUCUUCUCUGCUUCUUGUUACCUGUUAUGCCAGCCCCGACCAGAGCAAGUCUUGUCUACAAGAUGUGGUUACUGCAACACAGCUGAUUCACCGACUAGCGGGAGAGUCUCUGAUCACGAGGCGGCUGAGGGAUAAGCUACAAACCAUACGGAAAGCUACCGAUGAGUUGAGAUCCCAGAGAUAUGCCGGAAUCGGGGAAGGGUUUGGAGCAGAGCCUAGUACAGAGGCAACGAGAGUUGGCCAAAACUCUGGACUCCCAGAGGCAGCGCACGCGACGAACUUGACAGGGGAUCCUGUAUUACUGAAUGGUCUUGCAACUACGGCGAAUAUCCCAAUUGGUUUAUUUGACAUUGAUCCUGCUGACACUACUUGGGUGGAUACUGAUCCUUCAUUGUUCAAUAACCUGAGUCAGAUUCUUGGUAACUGCGAAAGCUUCACAUUCUUCUAG